CCGUCGGUCAGCCAGAGGAAUCACGUGACCGCUCACGACACGCUCGUCCCCAUCCGAACGGCGGGUGCGCGCGUUGAAGGGCGCGUCCGUGUGAGUCAAGUGCGCGAGAGAGAGAGAGAGAGAGAAGAGAGCGCGAGCCCGCAUCACCGCUCAUUCAAUUUCUCUUUACACGCCGACUAACAGAGACGCUGCGAUGGCCUCCGGAGUCACAGUCCAAGAGAAUGUGCUGACCUGCUUCAACGAAAUGAAAGUGCGUAAGGCACAGUGCAGUGAGGAGGAGCGUAAGAAGAGGAAGAAGGCUGUGCUGUUCUGCCUGAGUGACGACAGAAAGCAAAUCAUCAUUGAAGAGGGCCGUGAGAUCCUGCAGGGAGAUGAAGGAGAUCCCUUCCUUAAGUUUGUCAAGAUGUUGCCCCCUGAUGACUGCCGUUAUGCUCUGUAUGACGCCACAUAUGAGACCAAGGAUUGCAAGAAGGAGGAUCUGGUAUUUAUCUUUUGGGCUCCAGAGUCUGCUCCACUCAAGAGCAAGAUGAUCUUUGCAAGCUCCAAGGAUGCAAUCAAGAAGAAGUUUACAGGUAUCAAGCAUGAGUGGCAAGUGAAUGGACUGGAUGACAUCAAGGAUCGAAAGACUCUUGCUGAGAAGCUUGGGGGUUCCUCAGUGGUCACUCUUGAGGGAAGUCCUCUUGAUUAAGGCUGAUACUCUGGUCAGAUAGAGCUGUUUAGCUGUUCAUUUCAACAUGGUUAGGACAGGGGCUUAUGGCAGCAAUGCUGUGGGUUGGGUUGGGGUGGGUUUGAGUGACAGUUUCCAAACUCCACAAAUUAAAUUUGGCUGUCAUAUCAUUUCACACAUACAAAGAACAAAAUAAAAAUCAUAAAAUGGAGGCUAUUAUUAUAACUGUACAUGUGUGCAGACAGGUCUUGUUCUUUUCUGGUUCCUUUAGAUUGUUUGAGGAGGAUAAGGUAGAACAGCAACUAUUACAGUCAAUCUUUUUUUUUUUUUUUUUUUUUGCCAAACGUAUGGUUAAUUUUUUCUAAGUAUGUGUGUAGUUGACAUUAGGUGUAGUACAAAACAACUUACUGUAAGUGAUUGCACAAGAUGCAUCAAGAACUAUUUUGGGAAUAUAAAUUCUCCUCUCUUUCCUCCCCUCUUCUUAUUUUACAAUUCCAAGUGUUUUAAUGAUUCCAGCUCUUAUUUGCAAACAUUUCAGAAUCUGAUUCUAAACUAUGGUGUCACAAUAUUGUUCACAUUCCUUAAAUGCAAACAUUCUGGAUUUAAUGAAAAGGAUCGAUAUGAAAGAAAGGAGGAGCAAUGUAUUAGGACAACCUGUGUACAGAGCUCAAAAGAUAUUGCAUAGUGGAUGUUUUGUAUUGUCUCCUUAUCUCUAAUUAAAAAAAAAAGCACUAAACGA